GUCGACAACUCUUCGCUGACCGGAGAAUCCGAGCCGCUCCUCCGCGCCCCAGAAUGCACCCACGACAACCCGCUGGAGACGAAGAACAUGAUGAUGUUCUCCACGAACGUGCUGGAGGGUACCGGCCGCGGCAUCGUCAUCAGAACGGGCGACAACACCAUCAUCGGCACCGUGGCGUUCAUCGUCGCCUCGACCUGCUUCAUCGUGUCGAUGAUCAGCGGUUCGGAACUGCUAUCCGCGCUCGUGUUCAUGAUGGGCAUUUUUGUCGCCAACGUCCCGGAGGGUAUCACGGCCACCGUCACGGCCUCGCUGACGCUGACCGCCAAGAAGAUGCGCAAAAAGCACUGUCUCGUCAAGAAGCUCGAAGCCGUCGAGACGCUGGGCAGUACGUCGACAAUCUGCUCUGAUAAAACUGGGACACUGACGCAAAAUCGGAUGACCGUUGCGCAUUUCUGGGCUCGCGGCGAGAUCUUCGAGGCGGUGAUGUGCGGUGAGGAUGGAAAACCGACGGGCCGCGGACUUCCGGUCACCGGCGCCUACGGGGAUUUGAUGCGCUGCGCCACGCUGUGCUCACGCUCGGACUUCAAGGAAGACGACACGGAUGUGCCGGUGCAAAGGCGCGAAACGGUCGGUGACGCCUCGGAGGCGGCCAUCCUCAGUAUUGCGAGCUCUGAGGGCUACCUGAAGGUGAUGGAGCAGCCGUUCAACUCGAUCAACAAGUACCAGCUCUCCAUCCACACCGGCGGCCCCAACAACUCGCACAUCCUCGUGCUCAAGGGUGCCCCCGAGCGCGUGCUCGCCAUGUCCACCACGAUGAGCACCGAGGAGGGCCCGAAGCCGAUUGAUGACAACAUCCGCAAGCAGUUCCAGAAGGCCUACGACGACCUAGGCGGCAUGGGCGAGCACCAGUUCCCGCCCGGCUUCGCGUUCGACCUAGAGAACCCGAACUAUCCCACGGCUGGCCUCAACUUCCUCGGCCUCAUCUCGAUGAUCGACCCGCCGCGCCCGGGUGUCCGCAUGGCCGUCCAUCUUUGCCAAAGCGCUGGAAUCAAGGUCGUCAUGGUCACCGGCGAUCACCCGAUCACCGCCCAGGCCAUCGCCAAGCAGGUGCACAUCAUCGACAACGGCAUCGACGUCACCCUGCUGAUCGACGAUACGGAUGCGCCAGCUGGAGAAGAGCUCUACGGCACUGGCCGCCUGAAGAAGACCGAGGCCAUCGUCGUGCACGGCGAACAACUGAAGAAGUUGUCCGAGACGACGCUCGACUCGAUUGUUGCCAACUACCACCAGGUCGUCUUUGCCCGCACGUCCCCAACGCAGAAGCUGCAAAUCGUCGAGGCCUACCAGCGGAAUGGCCAAAUCGUCGCCGUGACUGGAGAUGGUGUCAACGAUGCGCCGGCUUUGCGCAAGGCUGAUAUUGGAAUCGCUAUGGGCAUCGCCGGCACUGACGUCUCCAAGCAGGCCGCCGACAUGAUCCUCCUCAACGACAACUUUGCCUCGAUCGUCACCGGCGUCGAGGAGGGGCGCAUCAUCUUUGACAACCUGAAGAAGUCGAUCGCCUACGUGUUGACGUCCAACAUUGGCGAAGUGACACCGUUCAUCUCGUACGUCGUCUUUGGCCUCCCGCUGCCAAUGUCGCUCAUGUCCAUCCUGCUCAUCGACAUGGGCACGGAUUUGUGGCCGGCCAUCUCCCUGGCCUACGAGCUGCCCGAGAACGACAUCAUGGAGCGCCCGCCGCGUGACGCCAAGAUUGACAAGCUCGUCAAUGCCCGCCUGAUCCUCUUCUCCUACAUGCACAUUGGCGUCAUGCAAGCGACUGCCGGCUUUUGCACCUACUUUUUCAUCAUGAUGCAAAACGGGUUCAUGCCGUGGGACCUGUGGGGCCUGCGCGAACAGUGGGACAACAAGGACCUCGACACGGUGGCCGACUCGUUUGGCCAGGAAUGGUGCUACGAGUCGCGCCGCCAGCUGCUCCGCUCGUGCCACUCGGGCUUCUUCCUGUCGAUGGUGAUGGUGCAGUGGGGCGACCUGUUCAUCUCCAAGACUCGCAAGAACUCGAUGGUCACCCAGGGAAUGAACAACAUGGUGAUGAACACGGGCAUGAUAUCUACGGUCGUCCUCUCGUGCAUCUUCCUCUACACCCCCGGCCUCUACAACAUUCUCGCCCAGACGCCGCUCCGCAUGACGACGACGAUGGUCGGCCUCCCGUUCGCCGUACUCAUCUACAUGUACGACGAGGUGCGCAAGUGCAUCAUCCGCCGCCACCCGGGCGGUAUCGUCUACCGGCUGACCAACUAC